AUAGGGGAUCCAGGCAAAGUGAGACAGGCAGUAACAUUACUGCUCAGUGUUUAACCAGUUGAAUCUGUUCUACAAUUGAUUGUGGAUUCUUAAAUUGGUACUCACAAGAUAUAUUGAUGGAGAAACAGAUCCAACCACAAACAGGAUCACGAGGCAAAGAGGGUUAUGGAACGUCUCGCUCAGUCCUUGCAAAUACAAGAGAAUCCUAUGAGAUUUCCUAUGCCAAGCUAAAGCAGUUGCAUGAUGAAGCGUAUGCUCAUGUAUCGCAAGCAAUCCAUCUGGAAGAGGCUAACAGAAAGUCAGAAGCAAUUGCAAAGUAUCAAUCGGGAUUGCAGCUGAUCAACAAUGGCCUGUUCCGUCCCUGCAUCGAGAUGCCGGAGAAAGCGCAAGUGAUAUACCAGAAGCUCACUACGGCUAGGGCCCAAGUGAUGUCACGGCUGAAUGCUCUCACAUCGCAGGAAGCUUCAAGCAGAGACAGCAGUCCCAGCAAUGAUCGCUUCAUGGAAGUCGACUCUUCACCAGAUGAACAACUUGGUGGUGCAGCUUCAUCGAGCAGAACACUGACUGAGCCAGCACCACCUACACAGAAGACAUCUUCGCCUAAAAAGCGACCUGCACCUUCCCAAGAUAUUGGAGACAGCAUAAUGAGUGAUAAUUACAUCAAUGAGAUGCCGAAGAACCCGAAUGCUUGUGAAGUAUUUAGAAUACCAGAAGGCAUACAGGUAUUUUUCAUUGGUAAAAAUGGCACUGUCAGUGCACCAUCUUAUACUGGUCCUCUGAAGAUUUACAAGUUUAUGGACAAAAAACCAAACGUGGAAAACGCACCAACAGCUUUCCUAGAGGUUGCAGGUUGGGCAUUUCCUCUUUUACCUGGGCAGUCACCUAUACUUCACAGUGAAACUGGAGCCUACAUGUUCCCAGAUGUUAUAUCUGCACAAGCUGGAGGAUAUGUUGGGAUUCUAUUAUCUGAUGAUGUAGCCCCUGUUGUGAAAGAAGCAUUUGAAAAGUUGCUAAACAGGCUAAGUGCAUUAGUCAUUGAGGCACCGCAGUCCGAUGCUACUGCAAUAAAAGAAGUAAAACCACAUCCACCUCUGAAAAAGAUUAAAGAAAGUGAGGAUCAUGUCAGUGACACAAUAUCGAAGGGACUCGUAAAAGGUGCAGAAUGGAUCGCCUGGGGCCUAUUUAAAGGAGCAGAGAAGACGUCGGACCUUCUGGAUUAUAGUUCUUUAAAACUUAAGGAGCACAUAUCGCCAGAGCAGGAGCACGUCCAAGUGGAUUACAAAUAUCAGACGGGCUUGAACAUUGCAAGUUCUACCAGCCAGAAAGCAGUUCAAGUCAGUGGAUUCCUGGUUGACAAGCUGGGAGAUGCAACAAAAGCAUUGGGAUCCUACUUGGCCCCACAUGUAAAGAAUAUUGGAGAGUCCCUUGUCCCAGAGUCAUACCGCGUUGCUAGCAAGCCUGGUGGCAAGUCAGAUGUUGAAAGUGUCAUCACAGUUGCUGCUGGUGGACUAAAAGGCAUUGGUACGGUGUAUCUUGGACUUGAGGCUGCAGCCAAGAGAUUGACGAAAGCUGUUAGAAAUAACACAGUCGACGUAGUAAACCAUAAGUAUGGUCCAGAGGUGGGUAGAGCAACGGAUACUGCGCUUGAUGCUGCGAUAAAUACCGGAUUCACUGUGUACAACGUCCAGCAUAUGGGCAUAAAGGCACUUGCUACACGAACAGCCAAAGAGACAGGACGCACUGUUGUCGAGGACUACACUGGAGAGAACAUGAAGCCCAGUGAUGUCACCAGCCACCAUGUUGCAAAACGUGAAUGACAAAAAGACAGAUAGUGCAGAAAAUAAGGCUUAUCAUUAUUGUUAUCAUAAUAUCAUAUUGUUAUGUGUGGCUGUUGAUGAUGGCAAUGUAUUUUACUAUUCCAAUUUCACCUGUGAUCAGUUGUCAGUUGAUUGUGCGAUUGAGUUGUCAAUUGUGUGGUGGCCAAUUGAAGCAUUUCAUGCAAAUAAUUGCAACAAAAUAUUUUUGCAGCUGGGCUAUAUCUGGCAUGAUGAUUUAUGAAUGUGCUGAUCAAAACCCAUUUAAUGUUUUAAUUUCCAUUUAAUGGGGUAUUUGCGUUUGCACUUACAACCAGGCAUAUUGUGUCACCUACUGGUGAGACGUAUUUCUGGUCAUUUUCACACAGGAAAAAGACAGGUCUAAAAGCACUGCCUGCUGUAGCAGGAUGCACUCUGAUUGGUGGUAACUGGAUAAAAUUAGGUCAGAGGUUAGUGGGCCUGGAUACUGGUACAAACCAGGAGAAAUCUACUUUAAUGCUUCAGUAAUAAUCAUGGUACGCUCUUACUUUCUGCUUCCCGUAAUUCUUGUUCAUGGUACAGGUUUGUCUGUAUGUGUCAGCUAAUAUAUAGUUUACAGGAGCGUAGCUAACCCAUUUUGUCUGAGGAGGGGGGGGGGCAAAGCCACGUCCAUGGUGUGACCGUCAUUGACCAUGUAUUCUAUCUAUUUUUUCUGGGGACAUGCCCCCUUGCAUUUUCCUGCUAGCUACGGCCCUGAUUUAUUUAGUUGGAUAUGUUAUACACUCUUAUUAUAUGCUGUGAUAUUAUCCUAGUAUUAAGGGUAAUUUACUUGCAAGUUGUUGUACAUAGUGCAAUUUUGGAACUUCAUUGAAUAAAACAAAGUUUUCCAUUCAUCUAAAUAUAUCAAAAUAUGACCUGCUUAGCUAUCUACAGACUACAUUCCCUGGUACAUGGUCAUGAGUAUUAUGCAUAUAUACCAUAUAUAUAUAAUUCCAGUAUUGAAAAUUUGCAGUUGUCUAACUUGUAUAUACGUCAUGUAAAUUUUGCCUGAUGAUAAAUAUAUCUCAUUCUAUAGGA